CCGCCGCCGCUGGCGGGAGCGGCCGCGGGGCGGUGACUGGGGCGCUUCCCCGGCCCCGAGCGGCGCGUCCGUCCCCCAGCCCCUGAGUCCGCGGCGGGCGUUUGCGGCGGCCCUAGCGCCGCGCCUUCCCCUGCCCCAUGUCGGCGUGGCUCGGCCGGGCAGCGCUGCUGCUGGGGCGGCCGGGGGGCCCCGCCGCACCCUCCUCCUCCUCCUCCCGCCUGGGCUCUUUGCGGGGCCCGCCGCGCUGCUGCUGCCGCCGCCGCCUGGGCUCGCUGCGGGGCGGCGCCGACGGGCUGCUGCCGGCUCGGGGAGCGCCGCCCGGGCGGGCGCUGGGCACGCACCCCAAGAAGGAGCCGAUGGAGGCACUGAACACGGCGCAGGGGGCCCGCGACUUCAUCUACAGCCUGCACUCCACCGAGCGGAGCUGCCUGCUGCGGGAGCUGCACCGCUUCGAGUCCAUCGCCAUCGCGCAAGACCCCAUAGCAGCUCGGGCAAGCUGUCAGCAAUAUGGGGAGACCCGGGCAAAUCAAGAAUCCAGUGGGGCCUGUUCCUCAGCCCAUUCGCAGGCCUACCACCCGAAGGAAGCAGUUCCACCAUCUAAUUGCCCUAGCACGAAAUAUGACAGGACACACUAUCUGUGGCCUCCGCUGAUGGCAGAGGCUGCGGGGAAACCCUGCCGCUGCCCUCACUGCUGCGCUGAAGGAUGGUCCUCAGAGAAGUUGGAGGUUGCACCACCAUCUCCAGGACAACUGAGACAUGUGUUCUUCCACAAUGCAUUACCUUUUGUAGGGUUUGGAUUUUUGGAUAAUGCAAUUAUGAUUGCUGCGGGAACCCAAAUAGAAUUGUCCAUUGGAGUUGUCCUAGGAAUCUCAACCAUGGCAGCUGCUGCUUUGGGAAACCUUGUUUCAGAUUUAGCUGGACUGGGUCUUGCAGGUUAUGUAGAAGCUUUGGCUUCACGGCUGGGUCUCUCAAUCCCUGAUCUGACGCCCAAACAAGCUGACAUGUGGCAAACACGUCUUAGUGCACACUUGGGUAAAGCUAUUGGAGUGACCAUUGGCUGCAUUUUAGGAAUGUUUCCUUUGUUGUUCUUUGGCGAUGAGGAAGAAAAACUGGAAGAAAAAAAUUAAUGUUUUUACGAGACGUACACAGAUGUAAACUAAUGUACCUCAAUUACUCAAUUAUGCUGUCAAUAUUUAGGAAUUAACAGACAGUAAAAAUGUAUAGACUUGGGAACAAAACCUUCAGCAUGUCAUUUUAUGGAAACACUAAUUUAUUGUGGCUUUGUUGUGUUCAGUACUUCUUUUUAUAAGAUACCAUUUAGCUUUCUAUUUAAUGUACAUUUUUGAAGUGUUUUCCCUUAUGGCAAAUGAUGUUUACCACUUCCCCUUUUGACAUUAUUCUUUAACAGAUUAUUACUUUAAUAGUCCACUGUGGAUGACAGUAACACUCUUGAGUUGCGUAUUGGUUGCUUAACAGAUGUAAUUGCAUGACAAAAAAUUUGCAGCUGUUCAUCAGGUCCUUCAAUACAGAUUAUUAAGGAGGUCAGUUACGAGUGAUUUGAAGAUCCCUCACUUGACAAGAAGGCUGAGUGCCCCCUCACCAACUCUCAUUCUGCACUGCCUUUACAUCAGGUAUUUCAGUGAUCAGCAUCAAUCUAAUUUGCUUUCUUUAUAAUUCUGAAUCUCUGAAUUGUCAUCUGAGGUGAUCAUUCUAAUGCCCUGACCAAGGUAAGUGAAUGCAGUAUAAUAUCCUUUCCAAGUUCAUCUUUAGUGGUGUCUUAACUCUGCCUUCUGUACUUCUGUAUUAAUGUCUCUUCUUUCCUUUUUUCUUCGUGAUAAACAAUAACUUGAGAAUUCAGUUGAGGUCUCCUUCAGCUUAUCUUCCUGAGCUUCUCAUGUAUUAUCAAAGAGUUCAGAUUUCCUAAUUCAAAAACACUUUUUUCUUUCUUUCUUUAAAAAAGUUCUGUUUAAAGUGAGGUGUGAAUGGCUGAUGGGGGCUGCCGAGGCUGGGGAGCCUUUCAAGAACCGAAUGAGUGUUGGCAUUGCACGUCUGUGAUGGGUGGCUUAAACGAAACAAUAAAAUAUUCAUAUGCUGUCAGUCUGGAUUAGAGGACCUGGUUUGCAGAUUAUAACGUCGGAUUUAUGAUUAAACUUUUUUUUUUUU